AUGAUGAAUACCUUAAGCCGUUUUAGUAAGAACAUGAAGCACAUAACCUCUUCUGUUCUCAAUUUUCUCUCAUCCAACUUUCACAUUCUCCUCUUACAAUUGAACCCAUUCUGGUUACAACUCUUCUACAUCACUACACUCUCAUCCUUUGGUUUCUUGGCUUUAAAGGCCACAAAGCCAAGAACUUCGACAAAACCCAAAAAUCUCGAUCUUUUCUUUACCUCAGUAUCGGCUUCGACUCUUUCCAGCAUGUCCACGGUCGAAAUGGAAGUUUUUUCAAACACCCAUCUCGUGUUCUUGACUCUCCUGAUGUUUCUCGGAGGCGAAGUUUUCACCUCCUUACUUGGACUUCAUCUCAUGAGAGCCAAGAAAGCUAAAAAUUGUCUGUCCCGCUCGAACGCCACUAACCAUGUUGAGAAUUUGGAUGAGAAUGAAAAUUUAAAUUUGAAUAUGAAACUAAAAUGUAUGAAAAUAUUGUCCUGCACUGUCUCGUGCUAUCUUUUUGUGGCCCAUGGGGCUGGCUUGGCCUUGAUUUACAUCUACUUGAGAUUAAAUCUGGCCGCAAAAAGAGUUUUACAAACUAAAGGGAUAAAUCUGUCGACUUUUUCAAUCUUCACGACGGUCUCAGCAAUUUCCAACAGCGGUUUUGUGCCGACGAACGAGAACAUGGUGGCUUUCAGGAAAAGUCCUGGCCUUUUGCUCAUUUUAGUCCCACAGCUCAUGAUGGGCAACAUGCUUUAUCCAAUUAUAUUACGUCUGACUAUUUUGUUGAUGGCGAAAACGACAAGAAGCAGUGAACAUAAGUAUAUUCUAGAAAAUUCAGGGGAAUUGGGGUACGGGCACCUGAUUCCUUGGCAGGACACUCUUUAUCUGGGGAUUACUGUAUUUGGUUUAGUUGUUGUUCAGAUGGCGGUUUUUUCGGCCCUGGAAUGGAAUUCUGAAGCAGUAGUUGGUGGCGGUCUGAGCGUUUACGAGAAGUUGGUUGGCAUUUUCUUCCAGGUGGUGAAUUCCAGGCACACGGGGGAAAUUGUUUUCGAUCUCUCGGCUGCUGCUGUGAGGAAUUUGGAAAUUCAACUUGCAAUUGCAUAUGGGAAUGUUGGGUUCACGGUGGGCUACAGUUGCGAGAGGCAAAUAAAUCCCGAUGCACAUUGUAAGGACGCUUGGUUCGGGUUUGUGGGAAAAUGGAGCAAUGAGGCAAAAUUUAUUCUUGUAAUUGUGAUGAUUUUUGGGAGGUUGAAGAAAUUCAACAAAAGAGGUGGCAGAGCUUGGAAUCUAGCAUAG